AUGGAGAGCUUGGGAGUCUUUGCUGAUGGAGAACUGGACUUACUGAGAAUAUUGUUCUCCAACGAUGAGCCUGAUCAGUACCCUUUUGCUAGUAGCAUCCUUGAAGAUAGACCGAACCUUCAGAUCCCGUCGACUCUUGUUGACAAUCCCGAUAAAGCCUUAUCGGGCAUGGAUUACCUUGGAGGAGUUCAUGAGAGUUUGUAUUGUUCUUCAGUCUCUGAUCUUGAUUCUUUUAAUCUGCAAUGCUUCUCUCAAGAGAGCAGCUUUUCUAGUGCUUGCAGCAACAGUUUUCUUAAUGUUCCCAUUCCUGGCCUCGAGAACUAUGGCAACUCUAAUUAUGUGUCAGUCCCUAGUGAUCAAGUCUGCAUGUUCAUGGAUGUUUGUGGGAAUGGAGGGAAAAAUGACUCCUUGGUCACAGAUCAAGAGACUCUGUGCUUAAGAGAGAACAUGAUCGGCGAGGCCAAAUUCAAGGACAGCGACAAUGUUCAGUCUCAAGAAGUUUCUGUUCCCGUCGAGGCAUUGCCACUGAAAAGGAAGCCUUCCAGGUCAGGCAAGAUAGCCUCAAGGAGUGAUAAAACAGACAUUGAAAUGCCCGAGAAGCCAAAGAAAAAACCGCGCCUUUCGUCAGAUGUGCAGAAAACCCGAAAGAAGAAUACUCCAUUGAAAAGGAACCAGAAGCUCACUUCCCUCGAUGACGACAAUGAGGAGAGGAAUGUCAAGGAAGACGGACAGAGCUCCAGUACUUGCAGCUCCGAGGAUGAUGUCUCUUCUCACGACCUCAAAGAUUCAAAGGCCAGCGAAUCUCUCAGCUCCGAUGCAAAAACAAGAGCUAGUAGAGGAGCUGCCACUGAUCCUCAGAGCCUCUAUGCAAGGAAAAGGCGCGAGAGGAUUAAUGAAAGACUGAAGAUCUUGCAGAACCUCAUUCCUAAUGGAACCAAGGUUGACAUCAGUACAAUGCUUGAAGAAGCAGUGCAAUAUGUGAAGUUUCUGCAGCUCCAAAUUAAGCUCUUGAGCUCUGAUAAUCUGUGGAUGUAUGCUCCUAUUGCCUACAAUGGCAAAGACAUUGGCCUGGACAGAAUUCUUUUUCCUCAACUAUGA